AUGCUAUCUACCCGCUCCGAAUCUGCUCCUUGCAAAGCUGUGCGUUUCAGCGAAAAUCCGCCGCUGAAGAAUUCGCCUCCUUUUCGAGCUCAGACAUUGGUAAAGCCAGCAGAUGCAGCCACGCAAUCGGCCGAGAAUGUUGAACAGCCUAUCCAUUCCACUUUGUCGGGCAUCAUUCCUCUUGGAAUGAGACAGUACUCAAUGUACACUGAAGCUGGCCGUAACACCUCUAUGCCUGUGGCUGUGCAGACUUCACCAGAAGAGCCGAUAUCCCCUCAUAAAUACGAAUGCAUGCAACUAUUGCCGCAGAUAAGUGUAUAUGCCUUUUUGGCUGCUGUCUGUUUUGUUUGGAUGCAGUUGUCUCAUCCACAAGGACAAACCAAGUACCCACCUUCUCCGACAUCCUGUCUGCCAACAUCUUCGUGUUUGCCGGAAGCCUCAUCUGCCCAUGAGGCUUUUGUCUCGGCUGCUGCUGUCACACCCAUAAUUGACCCCCAAUCGGAAAUUCAGACAACACCUCUCGUUGAUGUGGCCCGGCUGAGGCCAAAUGUACAGAUUGACUCUCUUAAUACUUCAUCUGUCAUUGUAUUUGGUUCUAGGAUUGAUUGA